UCUUUCCUUCUUACUUAAAACCCUAGCCAGCCCCCUAAAAACCCCACCGAACAAGAUAUAGAAAAAAAACCCCAUCUUUUUCGCAGUUGAAUUCAGAACCAUGAAACAAGAAACAUCAGGUGGUUCGGGCACGGUGGUUUCAGGGCGGCAUAGAACGACACCACAUCUUCCCAACAAUCCGGAUUACGAGCCUUUGAGGGAGCUUUUUAGUCAUCACAUUCAGUCAUUUGAUCAUUUUAUUGAAUAUGGUUUAGAGAAAGCACUUAUGUCUAUCAAACCCAUUGAUGUUCUUGAUUCCAACACCCAAUUGAACCUUAGAAUUUGGUUUGAGAAACCGGAGCUGUAUCCUCCUCUAAAGGAACGAAAUUCUAAGACUCAACAAUAUAUUUAUCCCGUCGAGUGUAGACAUGCUAAAACAUCGUAUACUGGUAAGUUUUUAGUGAAUGUCUGCUUCAAAUAUGGUGAUGGGCCUAAUGGAGCUGUAAUUAGAGAAAAGUUCAAUUUUGGGCAGUUGCCUAUUAUGUUGAAGUCAAAACUUUGUCACCUAAGAGGUGCUGAUCCCGAUAGACUCGUGGCUUGUAAAGAAGAACCAUCAGAAAUGGGCGGGUACUUCAUACUAAACGGGCUUGAGAGAGUUGUCCGGCUAUUAGUAGUGCCAAAAAGAAACUAUCCGACUAGUAUGGUCAGAAGUGCUUUUCGCAAUCGAAGAGAAGGGUUCACAGAUAAAGCUGUGGUGAUAAGAUGUGUUAGAGAAGAUCAAUCAGCUGUAACAGUCAACUUGUAUUAUAUUAAUAAUGGGAGUGCAAGGGUGGGAUUUCGGAUCCGAGGGAGGGAAAACCUGUUACCUGUAGGCCUCGUUUUGAAGGCCCUUAUAGAUACUACUGAUCAUGAAAUUUUCAUGAGUUUGACAUCGGUGUACAAUGAUAAAUACGAAAAUGCAAAAGGUUCAGUUGGUACUCAGAUUUUGGGUGAAAGGGCUAAAAUUAUUCUUAAUGAAGUCAAAGACCUUUCUCUAUUUACCCGCAGACAAUGUUUGGAGUACAUUGGAGAGUACUUCAAGCCGUUUAUGGAUGGUAUGGAAAGGGAAAGUCACUAUGCUGUUGCUGAUGCUGUUUUGAGAGAAUUUAUAUUAGUUCAUCUUGAUAACAAUCAUGAUAAGUUUAAUCUUCUAAUCUUCAUGGUCCAAAAGCUUUUCUCGUUCAUUGAUCAAACCUCUAUCCCAGACAACCCUGAUGCAUUGCAAACACAGGAAGUUUUGCUGCCAGGUCACUUGGUUACGAUAUAUGUAAAGGAAAAGUUACAAGAAUGGCUACUGAAAGCUAAACGACUGCUUCAAGAUGAAGCUGAUAACAGAAAGAAAAACUUUGAGUUUGGUAGCUUAGCUGACAUUAAGAAAGCACUGGAUAAAAAUCCGGCAAAACAAGUUGGUUCAGCGGUUGAAAAUAUGUUAAAAACUGGAAGAUUAGUUACACAGUCGACUCUUGAUUUAAAAGAGAAAGCUGGUAUGACAGUCCAAGCAGAAAGACUCAACUUUCUCCGUUUCUUGUCACAUUUUAGAGCCGUUCAUAGAGGUUCAUCUCUUGCAGGGCUUCGCACCACAAGUGUGCGUAAGCUGUUACCAGAGUCAUGGGGUUUUGUAUGCCCUGUCCACACACCUGAUGGCUCUCCGUGUGGACUGCUAAAUCAUAUGACUGCCUCAUGCCGUAUUACCUCUUAUUAUGAUUCAGAAGGAAAAAUUAGAGAUUUUUCAAGAAUACAGAAGUCUAUUUUUGAUGUUUUGGUUGCUGCAUCCAUGAUCCCUUCCUUGCCGAAACUUGUGAAAGCUGGCCCUCCUGAGUUUCUUCAUGUUUUACUUGAUGGGCGAGUUGUUGGUGCAAUGCCCAAUGAUAGAGUUGAGAAAGCAGUCAGCCACUUACGGAAGUUAAAACUAUCUGCAACUUCAGCGAUACCUGAAGAUCUGGAGGUGGGAUAUGUACCUAUUAGCAUGGGCGGAGCGUUUCCUGGUCUCUACCUAUUCACAAGUCCUGCAAGAUUUGUCCGGCCCGUUAGACAGAAGUUGUUACCUGCUGAAGAGAAGAACAAUAUUGAACUGAUUGGUCCCUUUGAACAGGUCUAUAUGGAAAUAGAGUGUCCAGAUGGAGGCAAUGGUGGGAGAUUAAGUGAUUUUCCUGCCACUCAUGAAGAAAUUCAUCCAACAGGAAUACUUAGUGUUGUUGGCAAUCUUACUCCUUGGUCUGAUCAUAAUCAGAGCCCAAGAAAUAUGUACCAGUGUCAGAUGGCAAAACAAACAAUGGGUUUCUCUUCACAAGGAAUCAAUUGUCGUGCAGAUCAAAAGCUAUACCACCUUCAGACCCCUCAAACCCCAAUUGUGCGCACUGCUACAUAUGAAAAAUAUAGGAUUGACGACUCUCCGUUAGGGACAAAUGCCAUUGUGGCAGUGUUGGCUUAUUCAGGAUAUGAUAUGGAAGAUGCCAUGGUUUUAAAUAAGUCAUCUGUUGAUCGUGGCUUUGCUCAUGGUCACAUUUACCAGACUGAAUCUAUUGAUUUGGCUGAUGAGAGGAGCAAGUCUGAUCGUUCAAAUAAAGUAUUUAGAAGGAGCAACCUAGAUAAGAAGACACAUGAAUUCAUUGAUAUAGAAGGGCUCCCGUAUGUUGGGCAGAGGAUAAAACCAGGCGAACCGUAUUAUAGUGUGUAUAAUGAAGUCACAAGUACUUCAUUCAAUCAAAAGUUGAAGGGUUCAGAACCUGUCGUAGUUGAUUAUGUUGCUGUGGAUGCUAGAAAACAAGGACAACUACAAAAGGCAAACAUACGUUUACGUCGUAGUAGAAAUCCUGUAAUUGGUGAUAAAUUUAGUAGUAGACACGGACAGAAAGGUGUAUGCUCUCAACUAUGGCCCGAUGUUGAUAUGCCCUUUUCAGGAGUUACUGGAAUGCGGCCUGAUCUUAUCAUUAAUCCUCAUGCAUUUCCUUCAAGAAUGACAAUUGCAAUGCUUUUAGAAUCUAUUGCUGCAAAGGGAGGUGCAUUACAUGGAAAUUUUGUGGAUGCAACACCUUUUUCUAGCUCGGUUAAGAAACCAGACGGAACCUUAGAAAAUGAAAGUGAUUCACUUGUCAAUGAACUUGGUUCAAUGUUAACUGCCCGUGGGUUUAAUCAUUAUGGUGUAGAAGUUUUAUACAGUGGAUUUUAUGGGACAGAAUUGACAUGUGAGAUCUUCAUUGGUCCUGUAUAUUAUCAAAGACUUCGACAUAUGGUUUCUGACAAGUUUCAGGUUAGGUCAACUGGAACCGUUGAUCAAGUUACACGUCAGCCUAUAAAAGGAAGAAAGAAAGGAGGUGGUAUCCGAUUUGGUGAGAUGGAACGUGACUCGCUUCUUGCGCAUGGGGCAGCAUAUUUAUUGCAUGAUAGGCUUCACACGAGUUCUGAUCAUCACAUAGCUGACAUCUGCUCUAUUUGUGGAAGCAUCCUUACAACUUCCCUCAUCCAACACCAGAAAAAAGUAAUGAGGGAGAUUGCUGGGCUGCCACCUGGUAGAAUCCCGAAAAAAGUGACAUGUGUUUCUUGUCAGACGAGUAAAGGCAUGGAAACAGUUGCUAUGCCUUACGUCUUUAGAUAUUUGGCAGCAGAACUGGCGGCCAUGAACAUACGAAUGACUCUCCAACUAAGUAAUAGAGCGGGUUCUUAAAACCAUUCUCAUGACGCCUUCAUUUUUUAAACAAUUUUGAAACAUCUUUCAAAUCAUAGACAAUAUAAACUUUUGGAUGCACAAAAUAGGUGCUUGCCAGUAGCUAGAUAAACCGGAAUGUUUAUAGUGUUGUGUAAGAUCUCAUCUUAUUUGAUUCUCUUCUUUCUAUUGUGUUUUUGAUACUUAAAACAGUUUUUAUAUUUAAUUCCAGCCUUAAAAGAUGGAAUGUUUUGUGAGA